UUUUUUUCGUUUCGUCUUCUCCAAUAAUGAUCUCCAUUUCUGUUAUUUUCCCUAGAAAUUUUCGCAAACCCUAAAAAGAGAGAGAAACAUAAAAAUCUCCAUUGAAACAGAUUGGAUUGAGCAAGAGAAAGAGAUCAUGUAUUUCUAAAAAGAGAGAGAAAUCCUCUGAUCUCCUCUCUGAUUCGAUCGAGAUCGCAUCAUUUCCCUAAUGAUUUCAAAAACCUAAAACGAUCUCUUCUUUUUUUUCGCUUCGAUCUCCAUUGAAAAGGAUGAUUUCAAAUCCAAGUUUAUUAUCGUACACUUGCAUUGCGAAAGGAACCGUAGUUCUCGCGGAGUUCGUUUCAAGGCAAGAGCCAGGAAUCGAAGCUAUAGCUUUACGAUGCAUCGAGAACACGCCUCCUCAUCAUUCAAUGUUUUCUCAUACAGUUCACAAGAAGACGUAUACAUUCGCAAUCGACGAUGAUUCCUUUGUUUAUUUCUCGAUUUCUGAUGAAUCCAUGGAGAAACCUGAAUCAUUCUGGGUUUUGAAUCGUUUGAGAUCAGCUAUUGAAGAUCUGAUUAAAGACGGUGGAUCUGAUGUUGAGACGCUGAUUAAUCCUGUUUCUCAUUGUCUUCAAUUGAAGCUUGAUCCAGUUUUCGCUGAGAUUGUUGGUGUUGUUGAUUUGGAAUUAUUGGAUAUGGAUUUGGUUGGAUCACCGAGGAGUGUAGCGAGAGAGAGUCGAAAUCCGAGUAUUGAUUCAUCUAAAGGAAGAAGAGCUGCUUUGAUGCCACUUUUGGGGAAACCAUUGAAGGCGUUGAAGAAGAAGAAGAGAUUGCAUAAUGAAGCAAAAGGGGGAGAUUCUUGUGAGGUUGGUUCGAUUCAGGAGAUAUCAGAGAAGAAUGUUGAUUUAUGUGGGAAUGGUAAUAAUGGAGUCUUACGCAAGGAACUGAGAAAUGGUUUGUUGAGUGAUCAUCAUCAUAGACAAAAGGCGAAACAGAUUUGGAAGAAACAUGUUUGGGUUGUGUUGAUGUUUGAUUUCUGCAUCUGUGCUGUUUUGUUUGGAAUUUGGCUUUGGAUUUGUGAAGGGUUUCAAUGCAUUCAAGGGUAAAAGUUAUCAUCAUCUGUGUACAUCUCCAAAUUCAUAUUCUUUGAAUCUGCAUCAAAAUUUGAUCAUUUGACAUCUUUUUUCUGGGUAUCCGUUUUUUUGGAUCAAAUCUGAUCCCUUUUGUUAUCUCUCUGUUCUUGUCAACUUUUUUCAUCUUCUUUGAUUUUUAAAGUCGCAAAAAGUGUUGUUUCCAGGAGGAAAACUAGGGUAUAGAUUGAAUCCUGGUUUACAUGUUAAUGAUGUUGUUAAUUGUACUUUGGAAGUUAAAUCAUUCACAAGCAAAAUGUGUGUUGUUAUUAUCUCUUUUUUUUUUCUCGCUUCUCUUUUGUUGUUUGAUUCCAUAAAUGGUGCUGUGAUUGAACGUGGGUUACACAAUAAUAGA